AUGCUGGGACGAGGUUUAUGUGUGUUGAAAAUUGAAGUAACAAUUAGUCUUUUGGUUGUACGUAUGAAACAUCAAUUUAAGGACAGCGAUGCGUUAUUUUAUCGUUUUCGGAUUGCCCGAAGUGAUGGAUCUAUAACUAAUGAAGAAUUAAAUAUUGCAAUCAACGUUCUCUCACAGAUUGGACCAGAUGCUUUCUUACGGCUUCUACUAUCGAAAAAACCAUCUGACAGAACGGAACAAGAUGUAGAAGCUAUACUGAAAGAGCUUUCUAAUAUCGAUGGUGUGUCCCAAAUGUCGCCGAUGGUGAAGAAGCGAUUAGCAGCUAUCUGUACUCUAGAAACUUAUAAAAAAUCAGGAACUACCGUUAUACGUCAAGGCGAUGUGGCAGAUUCCUGGUAUAUCAUCUUAAAAGGAUCCGUAGAAGUUUUUAUAACUGGAAAGGCUACAACUGUUUCUUUCGUAAGCAGAAUCAUUUAUAUUUUCUUCUUAUUAAAAGUAAAGGCUGCAACUGUUAUUACCAAGCAAGAUAACUGUUGUUUUGCAAAAGUCGAUAAGGAUGAUUUCAACUUAAUUCUGCAGCACUGCGAAAAGAACAUUAUUCGAUUAAAGGAAAACGAUAAAGAGGUUUUAGUCCUAGAAAGGACUGCUCGUAACGAACAUGGAAGUGAAGGCUAUCGUAGGAAAGCAGCCAAUUUGGAAACGGCUGGUGGAAAUAGCAUUGAAUUUAAAGCCAAGAUCAUCCAUACUAUUAUCCAAUUUUAUCUACUGGAUUUUAAUUACUUCAACGACGACCCAGAAACUGUAUUAUUUAUAAAUGAAUUAAGAGAAGAAUUAGUUGACAACGCCGCCUUUGAAGAAGCAACUUCUCUUCAAUUUGCUUCGCAAUGUCGUGAAUCUUUAUAUCGUGAGGAUCGUAUUGUCGAAGUUAUGCUAGAAUUUAUGUAUGAGAGCGAAAAUCGCCUGUAUCGAAAUAAGGUACCUUAUCCGCCAUUACCGCUGACCGGACGCGACAAGAUCAAUCUAGAUGUCUAUCAAUGUGAUCAUACUAAAAUUCCCUUAGAGCAGAUUCCCUUUAUGUUUUCGGUGAGAGAGAUAAUAGCUGAGGCAAAAAAAAGAAUGAAGGAGGAUUCAUCGACAACAAAUGAAGUUUACCUAUGUGAAGUCAAAUCUAAUAAAGAAAUCAUAAUCUUGGAGCAAGAUGAAAAGUCCAUUGCUAGUAAAAUUGGAAUCAACAGCAAAUUAUUUUUAGCUGUUAAAGGCCAUGUUGAUACUUGCGUAAGAUUUCCUAGUUUAAUUAUUGAUUGCAUUGUUAAUCCUAAUUCUAAAAUUUUUAAAACCCCUUUAUCACUGCAAAAUCCAACUGGAAUUUCAACACCUGAUAAACAAAUUUACUUUGAAAAUUUAAACUCUACGGCUAUUGCUCAUCAUUUGACUGCCUACGAUUAUGAAUUACUAAGCAAAAUUACUAUGCAUGAAUUUUUAUGUUAUAUCGAUGGUGAUCAUCGAAGAGAUAUCUUGUCGACCAACUUGGAUUAUUUUCUCAGAAGAUAUAACGAAAUCGAAUAUUGGGUAAUAACCGAAAUCUGCUUAACACAGAACUUGUAUAAGAGAGCUCAAGUUAUUAAGAAAUUCAUAAAGAUCGCAGAACAGUGUAAGCAGUUGAAUAACCUUCAUUCUUGUACAGCGAUUGUCGGUGCUUUGCUUACAACACCGAUAACACGAUUAACGCAAACAUUUGAGGACCCCUCAAGAAAUUAUAGAACAUAUCGAUCGAUGGCAAGAGAGAUGAAGCCACCUUUCAUACCUUAUACUCCGCUCUUAAUUAGAGAUCUAUUGGCUAUUGAUACAAAUAAUGAAACCUACAAAGCAGAAAGCAAGUUGAUUAACUUUGAAAAAAUGAGACUAAUUUCUGCAAGAUUGCAACCAUUCAGGAAAGCUCAAGAUCAUCCAUAUACUAUCGAAAAAUUACCGUAUCUACUCAGCAGGAAUUCGAUCAAAGAAUACAAAUAUAUCAGAAAUUUAACAGUUAUUGACAAUGAGACUAUGCUAGAAGAAUUAUCGAAUCAAAUCGAACGCCACUAA